UCUGAACAAACCAGACUCAGGACAGGCAGUAGGGGCAGACGGCUCGGGAUCAAACAUCGUAACAAUGGUGACGUUGGCUUGCAUUGUUGUUCUGAUUUUCGGGACCGCGCAGCUGUCUGCGGGACUCAGUAGACACAAGAGUAAGUGCAUUAUGCUGCAUUGUAUAUUACGUGUAUUGUUGAUGUAUAACAUGUUUUUUUUAAUAUAAUCUUUACAUUUAACCCUUUAAACGCAAGUCUUCAAAUCAUGUGGUCGACAACGUACAACACGUAACCGAUCUAUAUUUUUAAUGACACGCGAAAGGCCAAAAAAAAAAAAAGUAAAUUUUAUAAAUGACUAAACACUGUGGAUUAUAAAUUUAAUGCAAACUUAUAGGUUGCUGUGCCUAGUGGCGUGGGGGGGGGGGGUGUGCGGGAGUAAGUCCGACCCAGGUGACCACAUGUCUCACUACGCUACUGACUUUCGCGCUUUAUGAGGUAGAAUUUGGUAAAUGUACUUUAGUUCAAUAAUUAACAAAUGUUUAAAAACACAAAAAAAAAAAAAGUAAAUUUUAUAAAUGACUAAACACUGUGGAUUAUAAAUUUAAUGCAAACUUAUAGGUUGCUGUGCCUAGUGGCGUGGGGGGGGGGGUUGUGCGGGAGGAAGUCCGACCCAGGUGACAACAUGUCUCACUACGCUACUGACUUUCGCGCUUUAUGAGGUAGAAUUUGGUAAAUGUACUUUAGUUCAAUAAUUAACAAAUGUUUUGUCCACCUCCGCUCUUAGUACCAAAGCUAGAACUUUAGAAGAACAUUACAUGAUAGUUUAAGGGAACGAUGAUGGGUGGACACUGCUAUCCUGCUGAAGAAAAGAUCAAUUAAGCCUAGUGAAUGUAAGGUCUGAAAAUCUGAGUUAAGAUUUGUCACCAAAGUUAAGUUCUUGCAUAACGCAGCACAUAUUGAACGGACUGCCCCCUAGUGAGCACUUUUGAAAGCGUUUGUAUUUAUAUGUUAAUGUAUGAGCAUACUAAGUAGCGUCACCUGAGGAUUUGGACCGCACCUGGUCACCUACUCACAGGGGUAUGACACCCCCACAGGGAUGACACCCUCACAGGAGAGCCACCCUCACAGGGUUAUGUCAUCCUAACAGGGGUAUGUCCCUCGUUACAAAGGGAGGACACCCUCUCAGGGGUAUGUCAUCCUGACAGGGUUUGUCACCCUAAUAAAGGGAACAAACCAGAUAACUAAUUAGUGAAUUUGACUGAAAGUCAGUUUCACAAAACAUCUUAAAUACAAGUGAAUCACAAUUCACCAGAGCAUAACUAAUCCAAUGAGGAGGUCCAUCGCGAAGUUUAAAAGUGGUGAUGUUAUUAGUUUACGACACCGGGUGACACAACCUCUAGUGACACCAACGAGCAUACGAUCGAAUAGGCGACUAGGCAAAAUGACGUAUACAACGCGAGAGGUGAGCUCACGCUAGCUGCCAAGCAGCCUGUCAACUUACAACCACAAAAUGUUGGUGGCGUUUCCUAAUUAGGUAAUAAGGGGAGAGACUGCAAUCAGGUUAGUACAAAAUAAAAUGAGUAAAACAGAGUAGGGUUAAACCUGAAAAAAUAAACGCAACAAAACAGCGAACGUGUCGGCAGAAAGCCUUCGUCAGCGAACAAAACAACAGAAAAAACGGUAUAAAAAUAAGAAAUAGCACUUAGCUGGUAAGUAGUAUCUGUGAGCAGCAAUAGAAGAAGUCGCUGGUCUAAGGUUGCUUUUUUGGGCUAACCUGUGGGUCUCAGCUGUCUCUAUCCUUCUGGCUUCAUGAGAUUGGGCCCAAUACUCCACAGUUGAUUUCCACUUGGCUCUGUCCUGGGCUGUCUGAGCUAAUGCUGCUCACAGAUACUACUUAACAGCUAAGUGCUAUUUCUUAUUUUUAUACCGUUUUUUCUGUUGUUUUGUUCGCUGACGAAGGCUUUCUGCCGACACUUUCGCUGUUUUGUUGCGUUUAUUUUUUCAAGUUUAACCCUACUCUGUUUUACUCAUUUUAUUUCGUUUCCUAAUUACACUGGCCAUACAAAGACACACUGAAAGCGGCACUAUAGGCCUACAGCAUCAUCCUAUUUGAAUUAGCACAGACAGCCCAGGACAGAGCCAAGUGGAAAUCAACUGUGGAGUAUUGGGCCCAAUCUCAUGAAGCCAGAAGGAUAGAGGCAGCUGAGACCCACAGGUUAGCCCAAAAAAGCAACCUUAGACCAGCGACUACAGCAACUAUCCCGUGCUCGCGGUGCCAGAGACUUUUCCGAGCACGGAUCUGACUAGCAAGCCACCUACGCACUCACCGUGGAACCCUCCCCCCCCCCAAACCGGAUAACUAGAUGGUCUUUGUCGAUCUUGACGGUCGAACAGAUGCAGAGUUGCCAGAAAAAAAAUCUUUAAAACAAUACACGCAUUAACUAUUAGUUUAUUUCCAUUUAGCCCCCAUUUCUCCAAAAGAAUUCCAAUGUUACCCUAUUUGGAGUAAUGUACCCUUGUUGGCCAACCACUGGUCUAUGACGUAUGUGAUUGGUUUCACCCUCCAGGGGACGCUGCAUGUUUCAGUAACAUCGAUGACCCAUCACGUGACACUUGCUUUUCUAACGAGGCGCCGUUCAAAACCGCACAGCGCAAUGUUCCAUUACCAGAUGAUCCCCGAAAAUAUGGGUAGGUCUGAAGUUUUCUUUUUAGAUGUUUGGACUUAUUUAUAAUGGUGUCUCUUUGCUAGUCGACACUCAGAAAACACAUCUAGUUGAUCAAACAACGAGAUUUACUCUGAAAGACAUGGCAAAAAAAUUGGUCAAACUUUUUAUUUCAAGGUACUAAAUAUAUAUGAGUGGCGUAUGUGAGUUAAGUUGCUUAUGUGUGGGUCAUGUGAGUGAAAGUGCUUAAGUGUGGUGUGUGUGAGUGUAUGUGCUUAUAAAUGGCGUAUGUGAGUUAAGUUGCUUAUGUGUGGGUCAUGUGAGUGAAGGUGCUUAUGAGUGGGGAAUGUGAGUGAAGAUGCCUAUGUGUGGGGUAUGUAAGUGAAGGUGCUUUUAAAUGGCGUAUGUGAGUGAAGGUGCUUAUGAGUGGGGAAUGUGAGUGAAUGUGCCUAUGUGUGGGGUAUGUGAGUUAAGGUGCUUAUGAGUGGGAUAUGUGGAUGAAAGUGCUGGGUGGAAAAGCGGUCUAAACAGAUUCACUCCAGUUAGCUGGUGGUCUGUAGUUCAAUCCUGACGUAGAAAAGCAAAAAACAUCUCCAACGUCACGUUUGAUGGGACUUGUUAAUCUUCGAAGGCAAACUCUGAAUUCGAACCCGGAGAUGGAGUCCCGUAGGCGGAUAGCAUUGACACAAUGAACAUUCAGACACCAUCUACGACGCUAGUGGUGGCAAGGUGUAUUAUACUCAUAUGAUGUUCCCUUGGAGAGAUGCCAUUUGUUGUCUAGGUAACUAGCUUAUCCUCCUCAAGAAAAAUCUCAGGUCUUGUAAAUUGUUCCUGCGAAUUCUACACCAUCGUCAUAUUGUGCCCGACGGACGGCAGUUUUAAAAAAAUCUUGAUUAUGCUAUACGCAUAUGACUGGGGUAUCUAAGAGAAGGUGUGCACAAGAGGAGUACGAAAUUAAUGUAUUUCAAAGUAACACUUAGAACCUUAGGUAGGAUACACAUAUUUAGGGUAAUGGAGUCAAGCCAAGCAAGAAUAAUAAGAAAUCACAACUUUGAAACAGUUGGAUAUUUUUUUUUUUAAAGAACAAUCUUAUUGUUUAAAUUUACUAUUACCUUGUGAACAACUCAAUUUAUUGUUGUUCGUCUUUCGCACGCCAAAUCACGUUUCGACUUGAGUGGUAAAUUUUAUUUGAGCUGUAUUUUGUUUAAAGUGAGGCACAGUUUCCAUUUUCGUAAGCCUGACUCUCUCGUCCUUGCAUAUGUGUUCCAAUGGCAAGACUUGGUCAAGACGGAUAGAAAAAGAUCUGGAUCCCGUCAGCAGUGUGUGUGUGUGUUUCACUCUGCUCUUUAUUCAUUCUAUGGGUCCUUCUCCGGGUUUGAUGAGUCACCAUCCAAGGAGAACGAGCGCCAUCCACCCGGGUUGCUGGGGAUAUUUAUUGCCGUUUCUCGGAAUUGAGCCCCAGUCAACUACCUUGGGAUUGACUCACUUUAGACCGUUCGGCCACCCAACCACCCAUGGCUGAAGAUACCAUUUGUGGAAGCGUCUUAUAAAAACGCAUCUAACCCUUCUUUUUGUUUUGUUGUCGAAUAUUUCAGAUUGUUUUACACUUUGAUCACCAAAGAGGAUAACAGCACCCAACCGUUAGAUGCCAGAGACUUGAGCAACAUGACACUCUCCUGGACAAACAUUAAGAAUAGGCUCACGACGAUCAUCAUUCACGGGAUGGUGGAUGUCAAGAAUUCCUCCAGUUCCAACCAGACCGUGUGGAUGAAAGUGAGUUUUAGCUUGACCUAUUUUCACGUGACGACUCGCAAAUGUCCAUAGUUGUGCUGUUUUCUCGUUGUAUGGAUACGGCUUUUGUAAUGGAACAUUCAAUGCCUUGUCCCAAUUCAGAAAUCCAAUCCAACUUUCGGUGUACUCUACUAAAGCAAGUAAUUAUUAUGUCUUUUACUUAAGGAGAUGUGGAUGCAUGUGCAUAGAGGGCCGUGUGAAGAGGGGUGGACGUACAGGGCCGUGUGAAGAGGUGUGUCAGUACAGGGCCGUGUGAAGAGAGGUGCACGUACAGGGCCGUGUGAAGAGGGGUGCACGUACAGGGCCGUGUGAAGAGGGGUGAACGUACAGGGCCGGGUGAAGAGGGGUGUCAGUACAGGGCCGUGUGAAGAGGGGUGCACGUACAGGGCCGUGUGAAGAGGGGUGCACGUACAGGGCCGUGUGAAGAGGGGUGCACGUACAGGGCCGUGUGAAGAGGGGUGUCAGUACAGGGCCGUGUGAAGAGGGAUGCACGUACAGGGCCGUGUGAAGAGGGGUGCACGUACAGGGCCCUGUGAAGAGGGGUGCACGUACAGGGCCGUGUGAAGAGGGGUGCACGUACAGGGCCGUGUGAAGAGGGGUGCACGUACAGCGCCGUGUGAAGAGGUGUGUCAAUACAGGGCCGUGUGAAGAGAUGUGUCAGUACAAGGCCGUGUGAAGAGGGGUGCACGUACAGCGCCGUGUGAAGAGGUGUGUCAAUACAGGGCCGUGUGAAGAGAUGUGUCAGUACAGGGCCGUGUGAAGAGGUGUGUACGCGGCAACCACUCAUACACUAAGGCACGCACUAAGAUCUACGGAGCCUUAAUUUAAUGUUAGAACGGAGCUCCUUAAUUUAACCUUUUUUAAAAAAUAAAAACCUUUAUAAUUUUGACAACUCUAGGAAAUGGCAGAAGAGCUUCUCAUCCACGACGAGUCGAAUGUGAUCCUCGUGGACUGGUCAAACAGCAGCACAUCUCCGUAUGAGCAAGCCGUGUCUAACGCUAGAGUCAUGGGCGCUCUGGUCGCCCAGCUUAUCAGGACCAUUAAAGUGAGUUACAAUUUCAAUCUAUAUAAAUCUAUUAGAGUUCAAUCCUUACGGCCUACUGGAGAUUGCGACUGACCAUUUGCAUACGCUCCCAUACCCCGUCCCAGGCUCUACCAAUGUUUCAUGGGUCCAAUGGACACCAAGCAAUAAAAUGUAAUAUUUAAAAUAACUACAUUAAAAAAUAUUUAAAUCGGGCACUGAAGACACCAAUCCACCAAUGUUAAUUUCGAGUGUAAUCAAAGUUGUUAGUGAUAACUGGAAUUGUUCGGAACUCACUAAAGUUUCCACAGCCCCAAAGCCCCUUCUCCCACCCCCACCCCCCAAAAAAAAAGCCAGUAUGUGACUGUCACAAUAUCAUUGUCACAAUAUCACUGUGUCACAAUAUCACUGUGUCACUAUAUCACUGAGUCACAAAUAUCAAUGUGUCACUAUAUCAAUGUGUCACAUAUCAAUGUGUCACAAUAUCACUAUCUCACAUUAUCAAUGUGUCACAAUAUCACUUUGUCACAAUAUAAAUGUGUCACAAUAUCACUGUGUCACAAUAUCACUAUGUCACAAUAUAACUAUGUCACAAUAUCACUACGUCACAAUAUCACUAUGUCACAAUAUCACUAUGUCACAAUAUCACUAUGUCAGAACAUCAAUUUGUCACAAAAUCACUGUGUCACAAUAUCACUGUAUCACAAAAUCACUGUGUCACAAUAUCACUGUGUCACAAUAUCGCUGUGUCACAAUAUCACUGUGUCACAUUAUCACUGUGUCACAAUAUCACUGUGUCACAAUAUCGCUGUGUCACAAUAUCACUGUGUCACAAUAUAACUGUGUCAUAAUAUCACUAUCUCACAAUAUCAAUGUGAAAAAAUAUCACUCUGUCAAAAUAUCAAUGUGUCACAAUAUCACUAUGUCACAAUAUUACUAUGUUACAAUAUCACUAUGUCACAAAAUCACUGUGUCAAAAUAUCACUAUGUCACAAUAUCACUAUGUCAUAAUAUCACUAUGUCACAAUAUCACUAUGUCACAAUAUCACUAUGUCACAAUAUAACUAUGUCAGAAUAUCAAUGUGUCACAAUAUUACUGUCACAAUAUCAAUGUGUCACAAUAUCACUAUCUCACAUUAUCAAUGUGUCACAAUAUCACUUUGUCACAAUAUAAAUGUGUCACAAUAUCACUGCGUCACAAUAUCACUAUGUCACAAUAUCACUAUGUCACAAUAUCACUAUGUCACAAUAUCACUAUGUCACAAUAUCACUAUGUCAGAACAUCAAUUUGUCACAAAAUCACUGUGUCACAAUAUCACUGUUUCACAAUAUCACUGUGUCACAAUAUCAUUGUGUCAAAAUAUCACUGUGUCACAAUAUCAAUGUAUCCCAAUAACACUGUGUCACAAUAUCACUGUGUCACAAUAUCACUUUGUCCCAAUAUCAAUAUGUCACAAUAUCACUGCGUCACAAUAUCACUGUGUCACAAUAUCACUGUCACAAUAUCACUGUCACAAUAUCACUGUGUCACAAUAUCACUGUCACAAUAUCACUGUGUCACAAUAUCACUGUCACAAUAUCACUGUGUCACAAUAUCACUGUCACAAUAUCACUGUGUCACAAUAUCACUGUGUCACAAUAUCACUGUGUCACAAUAUCACUGUGUCACAAUAUAACUGUGUCAUAAUAUCACUAUCUCACAAUAUCAAUGUGAAAAAAUAUCACUCUGUCACAAUAUCAAUGUGUCACAAUAUCACUAUGUCACAAUAUUACUAUGUUACAAUAUCACUAUGUCACAAAAUCACUGUGUCAAAAUAUCACUAUGUCACAAUAUCACUAUGUCACAAUAUCAAUGUGUCACAAUAUCACUAUGUCACAAUAUCACUAUGUCACAAUAUAACUAUGUCAGAAUAUCAAUGUGUCACAAAAUCACUGUGUCACAAUAUUACUGUCACAAUAUCACUGUGUCACAAUAUAACUGUCACAAUAUCACUGUGUCACAAUAUCGCUGUGUUACAAUAUCACUGUGUCACAAUAUCACUGUCACAAUAUCACUGUGUCACAAUAUCACUGUCACAAUAUCACUGUGUCACAAUAUCACUGUGUUACAAUAUCACUGUGUCACAAUAUCACUCUCACAAUAUCACUGUGUCAAAUUAUCACUGUGUCAAAAUAUCACUUUUUUACAAUAUCACUGUUUCACAACAUCACCGUCUCUCGUCAUUGCAGCAAGUCGUGGGUGUCCAAGAAAGCAACAUUCAUAUCAUAGGGUAUGACCUUGGUGCUCACGUGGCUGGUUACGUUGGUCAGCGUAUUCCUGGCAUCAGCAGAAUUUCUGGUAAGCAACUCAUACAAAAUGGAACAUUAACUCUGUGCGGGUACAGUUAAGUUGUCGAUGCAAUGCUAAAACCCAAAUGCACUAGUUCUUAUUCGCCUUCACUUCCUCAAUUAUUUAGAUUCUUUGUUUCUUGUUUGUUUUUAAAGGCAAAGGGUGGUUUUAAUUUAUUAUUUGUUCUUCAUUUCCUCAGGUCUGGAUCCCAGUGGUAAACUGUUUGAAGACACCCCAGCUGAAGUCAGGCUUGAUACCAGCGACGCCACAUUUGUUGACGUCAUUCACACAGACAUCGAUGAUGGUAACUACACUAGAUCAAAAAAAAUAAUAACUUGUCAUAGUCUUUAUAAAAAAAAAAGUUUAUGCCCUACAAAGAUGAAAUUCUUACUAAUGCAAGGCAAUUUUCCAGACAUUUUUAGAACAACGAACUGGUCAAGUAACAGAGGUAAAACUAUUUAAUGGUUAAGUAACAAGGGUAAAGCUAUUUAAUAGUCAAGUAACAAGGGUAAAACUAUUUAAUGGUCAAGAAACAGGGAUAAAAUUAUUCAAUAUGAUGUGAAAGGGUGAAAUGAUUAUAUGGUCAAAUUACAGGGAUACAACUAUUUAAGAGUGUACGCAGUGUUAGGAUUGACUUUAAACGAAAUACGGAUAAUGCAAGCUUCCUUGUUUCUUCUGUAGGCUUUGGCAUCGUGGGGCCAGUAGGUCACAUGGACUUUUAUCCCAACCUGGGAUAUCGACAACCCGGAUGCAAAAAUGAGACAAAGGGUGAGUACGUAAUGCUGUCUGUAAAUGUUCAUUUUUAUAUAACAAACAACAAAAACAAGACGGUUGUCAGGGACACGUUGACAUGGUUCCUGGUGCAUGAUGGUUUAUUUUAAGGAAAAAAGGGGGGGGGGGAGGGAUUUAAAUGAAUUUCGGCUAAUUCUUAGAUGUCAUGCAAUUUAAAACUAUAUAUUUCCUUUAAUUUUAAAAAGAGACGCGAAUUUAACAUAGUUUCUGCUAAGAAUAAACAAAACAUGGUUUAUAAAUGGAUAAAAACUAUCACGGGUUCAUAGUUAAGGUUUAGUCGUCUUCUUGUUUGUUAACCAGUUAUUUUCAUAAGUGUGGAAAGUGUAAAUGCGACAUUAUGCGGCAAGUGUCCAAUUGCGCUAAUUUUAUUUGUUACCUUCUAUAUUUUUAUUGCCCCUUCGCCCUCACCAAACCACCCUGGUGUUUUUUUAGACAAACGCCUCAUACAUAGCUAGUGUUGUCUAUUGAGUUAAUACACAAACUUCUAAACAAUACUUCACUUUUGUUGUCCCUUAUAUCAUAUUGGACGUGUCUCCAAAUACGUGUAUCUACCACCCCUUUGGACAUAACCACCAAACCCGACCUGUCCUUCACUGCCUCUCCCAGGCGACGGCCCUGAAUUCAGCAGCUGUGACCACAGACGCGCCUACGAGCUCUUCAUCGCCAGCAUCAACACCGAGUGCGGCUUCAUCAGCUUCCCUUGCGACAGCGCGGAGGACUAUGUGGUGGGUGGUUAAGCUAACAACUAACAGUGACAUACACACAGGGUAUCGACCACGCACUUGUUACGUUAAGGUGACUUCGCGGUGACAACCCGGUGGUGACGCUCAUCACCCUGAAGGUCGAUAGUCGCGUGGUUUCAUACAGAACAUCACAUGAGAUAAUAUCACUGAAGAUCAUAGUAAAUAUAAGUUUCACAAUUAUAACUUCUUCGGUACACUUCACGAACCCAUAUUAAGAUAUUGAUCGAUAACUAGAAUGAACAUGGCCAGCACCAACAUAUAUGAAUCCCUCCAUGACAAAAAUGACCGAUAAAACUUCUAUAUAUCCAUAUAAUUCCUAACUUCCUGUUAUUUCUACUUAACAAAGCAAUUCGUUGUUUUACGAAACAAAAUUGAUAUCUAAAUAUUAGAUAUGUGACAGUGCGUAUUGUUGAUUGAAUCCCUAAUUUAAUUUCCCCAUUUCACAGUCUAACAAAUGUCACCCGUGUGGAGAGAGAGGAUGCGCACCCAUGGGCUACAAUUCCGCCUUAAAGAAAUCUGACAGUGACCAACUGGUCAAAUAUUACUUGAAAACAUCGGAUGAAAAACCUUACUGCCGUAAGUAAUAGUACACGGUUACCUAAUGAUAAACCUUACUGCCGUAAGUAAUAGUACACGGUUACCAAAUGAUAAACCUUACUGCUGUAAGUAAUAGUACACGGUUACCUAAUGAUAAACCUUACUGCUGUAAGUAAUAGUACAAGUUUAUCUAAUGAUAAACCUUUCUGCCGUAAGUAAUAGUACACGGUUACCAAAUGAUAAACCUUACUGCCGUAAGUAAUAGUACACGGUUACCUAUUGAUAAACCUUACUGCUGUAAGUAAUAGUACACGGUUACCAAAUGAUAAACCUUACUGCUGUAAGUAAUAGUACAAGUUUAUCUAAUGAUAAACCUUUCUGCCGUAAGUAAUAGUACACGGUUACCUAAUGAUAAACCUUACUGCCGUAAGUAAUAGUACACGGUUACCUAAUGAUAAACCUUACUGCUUUAAGUAAUAGUACAAGUUUAUCUAAUGAUAAACCUUACAGCCGUAAGUAAUAGUACACGGAUACCAAAUGAUAAACCUUACUGCCGUAAGUAAUAGUACACGGUUACCAAAUGAUAAACCUUACUGCUGUAAGUAAUAGUACACGGUUACCAAAUGAUAAACCUUACUGCUGUAAGUAAUAGUACAAGUUUAUCUAAUGAUAAACCUUUCUGCCGUAAGUAAUAGUACACGGUUACCAAAUGAUAAACCUUACUGCUGUAAGUAAUAGUACAAGUUUAUCUAAUGAUAAACCUUUCUGCCGUAAGUAAUAGUACACGGUUACCUAAUGAUAAACCUUACUGCCGUAAGUAAUAGUACACGGUUACCAAAUGAUAAACCUUACUGCUGUAAGUAAUAGUACACGGUUACCUAAUGAUAAACCUUACUGCUGUAAGUAAUAGUACAAGUUUAUCUAAUGAUAAACCUUACUGCCGUAAGUAAUAGUACACGGUUACCAAAUGAUAAACCUUACUGCCGUAAGUAAUAGUACACGGUUACCUAAUGAUAAACCUUACUGCUGUAAGUAAUAGUACACGGUUACCAAAUGAUAAACCUUACUGCUGUAAGUAAUAGUACAAGUUUAUCUAAUGAUAAACCUUACUGCCGUAAGUAAUAGUACACGGUUACCUAAUGAUAAACCUUACUGCUGUAAGUAAUAGUACAAGUUUAUCUAAUGAUAAACCUUUCUGCCGUAAGUAAUAGUACAAGUUUAUCUAAUGAUAAACCUUUCUGCCGUAGCUAAUAGUACAAGUUUAUCUAAUGAUAAACCUUUCUGCCGUAAGUAAUAGUACACGGUUACCAAAUGAUAAACCUUACUGCCGUAAGUAAUAGUACACGGUUACCAAAUGAUAAACCUUUCUGUCGUAAGUAAUAGUACACGGUUACCAAAUGAUAAACCUUACUGCUGUAAGUAAUAGUACAAGUUUAUCUAAUGAUAAACCUUACUGCUGUAAGUAAUAGUACAAGUUUAUCUAAUGAUAAACCUUACUGCUGUAAGUAAUAGUACAAGUUUAUCUAAUGAUAAACCUUACUGCUGUAAGUAAUAGUACAAGUUUAUCUAAUGAUAAACAUUACUGUUGUAAGUAAUAGUACAAGUUUAUCUAAUGAUAAACCUUACUGCUGUAAGUAAUAGUACAAGUUUAUCUAAUGAUAAACAUUACUGCUGUAAGUAAUAGUACAAGUUUAUCUAAUGAUAAACCUUACUGCUGUAAGUAAUAGUACAAGUUUAUCUAAUGAUAAACCUUACUGCUGUAAGUAAUAGUACAAGUUUACCAAAUGAUAAACCUUUCUGCCGUAAGUACGUGUACAAGUUUACCAUCAGUGUAAAAUAUCACGCUCAUGUUUACACACGAAGUCUUGGCGCCCCUCAGUGUAAACUAUGACGCAAACAUUAACACCGAAAGUGCACCCAUAGAGCAGAGGCUUAACUUGAAUUCUGUGAACGAGAUUUUUGUUCCUUUUUCCUAAAUUGCACCCAGUCUUGGAAAAUGGACGGUUCACGUAUUAAGGUCGAUGCUGCAUUAAAAACAAACACAGUCAGGUCAUGCUUCUGCUUUCAUCCUUAGAAAAAAGAAGUCCACUUCUGGCGUCUGCCAUAUCAAAAGAUUCCUCGUUAUUCAUUUCUUCACAUUCGUCCAAUAUAUGCCCUGUUUAUGGAUUUAAUCAUCAACCAGGCUCAAAAUGUAUUCAUUUGCUCUUAUUUUAAAUAAACAGCCCCUAAAAACACAUUUUUCGUAAAAAUCCUUGUGUAUGCAUUUUUGUUUGCAUUUAUGUAAUUGUACGUGAUAGACCAUUUAUGUGAUUGUACGUGAUAGAUCAUUUAUGUGAUUGUACGUGAUAGAUCAUUUAUGUGAUUGUACGUGAUAGAUCAUUUAUGUGAUUGUACGUGAUAGAUCAUUUAUGUAAUUGUACAUGAAAGAUCAUUUAUGUAAUUGUACGUGAUAGAUCAUUUAUGUAAUUGUACGUGAUAGAUCAUUUAUGUGAUUGUACGUGAUAGAUCAUUUAUGUAAUUGUACGUGAUAGAUCAUUUAUGUGAUUGUACGUGAUAGAUCAUUUAUGUGAUUGUACGUGAUAGAUCAUUUAUGUGAUUGUACGUGAUAGAUCAUUUAUGUGAUUGUACGUUAUAGAUCAUUUAUGUGAUUGUACGUGAUAGAUCAUUUAUGUGAUUGUACGUGAUAGAUCAUUUAUGUGAUUGUACGUGAUAGAUCAUUUAUGUGAUUGUACGUGAUAGAUCAUUUAUGUGAUUGUACGUGAUAGAUCAUUUAUGUGAUUGUACGUGAUAGAUCAUUUAUGUGAUUGUACGUGAUAGAUCAUUUAUGUGAUUGUACCAAAUGAUUGUUGGUAUGGGAAUGGAUUUUUAUCAAAAUUAUUGCAUGUAAAACCUAAUAGACUAGAUAUAUUUUCAAACCUAUAUACGUCACAAAUACCUCUCAAUAACACAGCACAUAGCAACGGCUACACGAUUAAUCUCCACACGAAAACAUGCACCCAUUGAGCAAAUCAUAUUUCAUUCCUCUUCCCCUUGAAAAGAAAGGAAAACACAUACUUUGGGGUGUUGGGGGCAAAGUGGGGGGGGGGGGUGUGAAAAUUUGAUUGAAUGUUUUGUUAUUGGCAACGAGUCUAUAAUGUGCAGAGUUUGAGCUCGAUGGGAUGAUUGGAAAGUGAGUCAAUUAGCCUUCCGACGAUUAUUUCCGCUAAAAGAAACACAGGGAAGCGAAGUUAGUAUAAAGGAUUUAGUGAAUUACAUUCUUCUAAGUGAAUUUCGUCAGUCUCUCCGAUAUUAGCUACGCACUCCACGAUUCUAAAUUCUACUGUGUCGUUCUAUAGCGCAAGAACGGAGUCACUAAGUACUUUUGCUAUCACACAAUCGAUAAGUUUACAUUUUCAAUAAUAAGCUGUUUCUAGUCUUGUGCGAUGAGAGCCAGCUUCAUCCAUCAAUUUUAUAUUACAAAUCUUUUUUGCGCUUUUAAUAUGUUUUCCUUUUGAUUUUUUUACCAAUAAUUCAUUGUAAAAUUUUUAAAGGCCUAUAAAAAAAAAACAACUUUAGGCGACUCGGCAUUUGUCUUUUGUGACCCCCGGUACCACGUCGUUAGCCGUCAUUUUGUAAACGGUGCUCUAAUUAUAGUCCCUUUAGGGAUGCCAAAUGUAUCUAAGGAAAGCAACACCUAACAGUAUGUUUUAUUGAAUAAUUUAGUUUGUUCCUUCCCUUAGUAGCCCACUCCUUCCCCCUCCCCCCAACCAGAAACUGUGUUAAAAUUAGAAGUUUUAUUUUUAGCAAAAAAUAUUCUAUUUAUUUCCGUUUUUUUUUUUUUUUUUUUUUGGGGGGGGGGGGGGGUAUUUGGGACACACUUUGAAUUCAAGUGAUUGAAGCGUCUCUACAGUGCAAUAUGUAUCUAUUGAUUAUUUUUCACAUUUUUUUCUUCUGCAGUGAUUCACUUAGAUUUCACUCUGAAGGUCAGGGAGAGCGGCGACGACUCCAGCGAGAACCCACAAGCGUUGAAUAUUUUUGCCUCAAUCAAGGGAGACGAGCAGAACACAACGGAGGUUCCACUGAGAAAAGAGUGAGUAAUGGGAUCAUGACUAGCGGGCCCUUUUUGUUCAAAACUCUCCCCCGUUAAACACCUGUGACUGCGUCACCGUUACCCAAAUGAGUGUUUAAAAAAUAAAAUACCUGUUUUAUUUAACAGCAAAUCGCUUUCCCCCAGCCUGUUCCUCAAAUUAUUAAUUUUUUUUUACUCUUAAAAAAUAUGGUUGCCCAAUGCAGGAAUUUCAUUCAAUUCUAACUCAUCAUAUUCUUCGAUUUGACAGGCCUGUGUACUUCCAACCAGGCAACAGCUAUAAUUUCACAGUUGAGUUCCCAGACCACCAGGACAAGAUUAGGUCAGUCGAGUUGAGACUUGUAGAUCUCGAACCUUCAUCAAAUGAAACGGUCCCAGCCAACGUGACGCUAGUGCUUGACCUUGUCUCCAUUAAAAUAGAAACUGAACCAUUUGGACUAGACAAUGAGUAAGUUACACGUCCAAAGUAACCAUAGACGUGACAACAUGGGUCAAACAAGUCUUUAAGCUACCUCCUCCCAUUGUUUAAACAUUUUUACAUUUAUACUUUAAUAUUAAGUGUACAAUAAUUGCAGAGCUUUUCAUCAAUGAAUAAACAUAGCAUUCAUGGUGAACUCCACGCACUUAAGUUUAUAAACUGUUUCCUAUUUCUUGUCUCUUCUUCAUUUGUCCUGUCUGCCGAAGAAGACCCUCAGCCGAAACAUGCUCUUUGCAUUGUCCUGUCUUUCUAUUUCAAGCACACCCUUAGCCGAAACAUGCUCUUUGCAUUGUCCUGUCAUUCUAUUUCAAGCACACCCUCAGCCGAAACAUGCUCUUUGCAUUGUCCUGUAUUUCUAUUUCAAGCACACCCUUAGCCGUAACAUGCUCUUUGCAUUGUCCUGUCUUUCUAUUUCAAGCUUCCACACAUCUUGUUCCGCUAUUUUCUUAGUGAUUUAAGCCUGCCAUCUUAUUUAUUAGAAAGGACGCUGCCUUAUGAAACACGAUAACGCCGAUAAUUUGAUCGUUUCCUUUUCAGACGUGAACUGUGCGAUGAGAACGUCAUCCUGAGAUUGAACGAGACGACCAUUAUUUCUAAAGAUUGCAAAAGUGCCUAUAAUUAAAUGAAACAAUACACAUAUUAGAUCAUCACAUAAUGUAUGGGUAAAAAAAUUAGUUGGAAUAUCUUAAGACCUGUUGACUCUGUUUAUGUAUACCACAAAUAAAAGUAAGAUUUCAGAUUAGGCUUUUAACAUUUUGAAAUACUUGUGUGAAAUCAAAAAAAAUUUUUUUGACAAAACAAAUUAUUAAAGAAUUUAUUAAGAUUGAUUUGUUUUAUUUUUUCAAAAUCCUCAAUUUUAUCUUUACACUUUUGUCAUGACACGUCUUGUUUGCUAACUCUGUCAAAAAUCCGUGAAAUAUGAGUUAGCUCUCCUAUAAGAUGGAAAGCUCAACAUGGAUACAGUUUGGGAUACCGUACUAAAGUAUUUAUUUGGAAUAUAAAUAUAUUUUAAGGACACAGACUGUGGUACUAAAUUGUGGCACUUUACAGAAUUAUAAGCAGCUGCUUAUGGUCGCUGAGUCAAACCAAUGUUUCUGUCGCUCACUCAAAGUUGAAUUUUGAUUUUUUUUUUUUAUAAAAAGGAAUUUCUCUACGAAACCACUGAAAUUACGAGACCACAAUUAUGUUAGGAAUGUGUAGACCACAAUUAUGUUAGGAAUGUGUAGACCACAUUUAUGUUAGAAAUGUGCAGACCACAAUUAUGUUAGGAAUGUGUAGACCAUAAUUGUGUUACGAAUUUGUCAUAUCUUCAUGACGCACAUGAAUAUCUUGAAUUUUACUUUAAAAACAUGGUUUUUGUUAAGGUU